GUGAAUCUGCUUCUCUUGAUAUUGUUCUUCAAUGUUUUUUGUUCUUUCUAUGUUUCCCCCAACACAUGAAUCAUUCAUUCAGACUUGAGAAUUUGCAGCUACAUGCAGACCUGGAUUUGUGUGUUAUGAAAAUGUAUGGUGCCUGGCAUGUCCAAGACUAGAUUUUUUGCUGCCUAGUGCUGCUGCUUGUUAAGAGAGGAGAGUAGAGGAGCAGAGCAGGGCAGGGAAGGUGAUCAAUUUGUUAAUUAGGCUGUCAACUAGAUAUAUAAAUUAUAUAAUAUUUUCUUUGACAAUGUAAGGGCCGAGCCCAUUGUUAAAACUUAAAAGCCCUUGGCGCUUUAACAGCAGCGACGUGUGUCUUUCUUCUCUAGUAUUACGUUGUUUUAGGAAGCAGAAGAGAAGCAGGUCUUUCUCUCUAGUUUCUCCUAUACUGCGAAGUCUGCACCUCCCUGUUUCUCAAAAACCCCGACUUAAUUAGGAAAGAGCUUUUCUUUAUUUGUCUGGCUUCUGAAACAAAAACCCAGUACAAUAACGCAAAGGCAAGCUUUCUUUCCCUUAGUUCAGCUGCUUCUGGCUCAUGCUACAGCCAUGCUACUUCUAAUUCUUUCCUUUAUCAUUAGUUAAGCUAAUAAGAGUUUGUUUUAAGCUAAUAAUAACUGUAGGUGUAUUUUUUUUCUUCUGUUCUAAUUUUAAGAUGGAUGGGCUUGUCAAGUCAUGGUAUAAAUUUGUGUUUUGGAGGAUAGCUUGACAUCAAGUUUUGUUUUGUUUUGCAUGGAAAUUUAAUGAAAUUUCGGCAAAAAAGAAGCUGUGGUUAUUCCAUGAGUUAAUUUUGUUGGGAAAAAUUGAGUGCAAGUCUACGCUCUUCAGUUUGCCUUAACAUAUUCAUUAUCCGGUUUGGAGAUUACGUGAGGUUUAAAGAUCGAUUAACUUAAUUAAUGUGUUAGUGAAAUCCUGGAGGUUAUGAAAAGAACCCAUGGAUUUGAUUAUAUGUGACUGUGACGUGAUUUGGAGCAAGUUGCUUCUGUGAUCCGAAACAUUGUAUUUGCUAUUCACCAAGUCAUGGAAACCCAUUCCUUUCUGCAAUAUCUCUUAUCAGGUCAAUAGUGUUUGGUAGCAGAACAAGUCUUCUUACUUAGUAGCAGCAGCUGUACAUAUUCCUAACUGGUUUAAGGCUUAGUGCAGCCAAUGUGAUCUUUACGUACACCUUGUUCUAUGUGCCAGAAACUUGCACUAUUUUUGGGUGUGACAGUAACUGUCAUGUGGGAGUGACAUGCAUAAUAAAGACCGUUGAAAGGCAGAACAUAAUAAGAAAUACAGAAGCUCAAGAAAAGUGGAAUGAUGGAGGAGCAAGUAAGAGUACUAGAAGGGCUGUGGGGGGAUGUGAGGGAGCUAAGCCUAGGAAACAGAAUACAACGGCUAGACUCGGCUCCAACCCCACUCCAAUUCCUAAGAGACUAUGUAUCACCUAACAAACCUUGCAUCGUCUCCAAUGCCAUCUCCCACUGGCCUGCUCUUAGCCUCUGGCCUAACCUUUCUUACCUUUCUUCCUCCCUUUCUGAUUCCACUGUCUCCCUUCACCUCACCCCAGAUGGCCGCGCUGAUUCCCUUGUUCCCCUAGAAACCCCUAAAAAAGGAGAAACAUGCUUUGCCUCUGCUCACGUGGAGCAUGUUCCUUUCGCUUGCGCUCUAGAUCUUGUUCUGAAUUCUGAAAGAAAUAAUGUGGUGGGAUACUUGCAGCAGCAGAAUGACUGUUUUCGGGAGGAAUAUUCGGUGUUGGCUUCUGACUGUGAUGCACACAUCCCAUGGGCUACUGAGGCACUGGGAGGCUGCCUUCCGGAGGCAGUGAAUCUGUGGAUCGGAAACCAUUCAUCUGAGACUUCAUUCCACAAGGACCAUUACGAGAAUCUGUAUGCUGUUGUUUCAGGGGAGAAGCAAUUCUUGCUACUUCCUCCUACGGACGUGCAUCGCAUGUACAUUCAAGAGUAUCCAGCUGCUCAAUAUUCUUAUACCAGUGGCUCUGGAGAGUUCAGAUUGGAGUUGGAGAAGCCACAGAGAUAUGUGCCUUGGUGCAGCGUGAAUCCUUACCCGCCUCCAGAGACUAAGGAGAAUGAGAUGUCCAAAUUUCCUUUGUAUUUCAAUGGUCCGAAGCCCUUUCAUUGUACUGUCAAGGCUGGAGAGAUUCUCUACUUGCCAAGUAUGUGGUUUCAUCAUGUUCGACAGAGUCCAGAUGACAACGGAUGCACCAUUGCCAUAAACUAUUGGUAUGAUAUGCAGUUCGACAUCAAGUAUGCUUAUUUCAAUUUCCUGCAAUCAAUUCAUCAUGGGUCGAUGUUGAUGAAUUAUGAUGCAACCAAGUUCACCUUAAGUGAUGAAUUAUGUAUUGAUGCUAAUGAAUUGGAAGCAGAGGAAACCAAUCAAGAAGAAGAUACUAAAGACGAAUGAGCUUUGAUUUUUUAAUGUGGUGGUCAAUCUGGUUAUCCAAUUCAUUUGUGAACUCUUCAAGCAGAAUAUGCAAAGAAAAUCACAACAGAAGACAUUUGCACUGUCUCUGUCACAUGUUAACAUGGUCACAAUUGAUUCAUGCAACUU